UCCGAUUUUACGAUGGCAAGCUCCAUCGACGCGACCAAGAGCCCGAACGACCCGAAGCACUACCGGCUCCUCACGCUGCCCAACGGCCUCGAGGUGCUGCUCAUGCAGAACGUUCCCGGCGCUGACGAUGAGGAUGACGACGAAGACGACAGCGAGGGCGACAGCGAGGGCGAUGAAGGCAGCGACGAUGGAAGUGACGAGGACGAUGGCAGCGAGGACGAUGACGAUGACAUGGACGAUGACGACGAAGACGAUGAAAUGGGCGAUGAUGACGUCGACGAAGAGCUCUUGGGCGAAGAUGACGAGAUGGCCGACGACGGACCCGCGCCCCGCAAGGCCGGCGCCUGCUUGACCGUCGGCGUCGGCAGCUUUGCCGAGCCCGAGCAUCUUCCUGGCCUGGCGCAUUACCUCGAGCACAUGCUCUUCAUGGGCAGCGAAAAGUACCCCGACGAGAACGAGUUUGAAGCAUUCCUGAGCGCCCACGGCGGCUACAGCAACGGCGAGACCGACGUCGAGCGCACGAGCUACAUGUUCGAGGUCGGGCCCAAGCACCUCGCGCCGGCGCUCGACAUGUUUGCGCAGUUCUUCGUGGCGCCGCUCAUGAAGGCGGACGGCCUCGACCGCGAGCUCUCGGCGAUCGAGUCGGAGUUUGCGCGUGCGAGCCAAGACGAUAUGAUCCGCUACGAGCAAGUGCUGUGCGACUUGGCGCUGCCGUCGCACCCGUUCCAUCGGUUCAACUGGGGCAACACCAAGAGUCUCAAGACGCUGCCGAAAGCCAAGAACAUCGACGUCCGCGCCGAGAUCCUAGCGUUCUACAAGGCGCACUACUCGGCCAACCUCAUGAAGCUCGUCGUCUGCGGUGAGGAGCCGUUGGACGAGCUCGAGGCGUACGUCCGCGCGUCGUUCAGCGACGUGCCCAACAACGACCGCGUCGUUGCCAACUACGGUCACCUGCCCAUGCCGUUCGAGUCGUCGGCGCUCGUCCAGGUUGUGCCACUCAAGGAAUCGCACGUCCUGCACUUGCACUGGCCGUUGCCGCCGCUCGUGGGGCACCACGACCUCAAGCCCGCCGAGUACGUGGCCUCGAUCCUCGGCCACGAGAGCGAGGGUUCGAUCCUGUAUUACCUCAAGGAGAAGGGGUAUGUGUCGUCGAUUUCAGCGGGCCUCACCGAGACGCACGGCUACGACUACGGGUCAUUUGGCGCAGUCUUUACGCUCGAGAUCAAGCUCACGCUCGACGGUCUCGCUGCGUACGAAGACGUCGUCGGCGUCGUCUUCCAGUUUCUCCACAUGAUGCAGACGAGUUCGCUGCCAGCGUGGAUCUUUGAGGAGCAAAAGACCAUGGCGCAAGUCAGCUUCCGCUUCCAAGAAGAGCACGACGCGAUCGAGCAGUGCGAAGAGCUCGCCGCGCUCAUGCAGGACAUGUUUCGAAUCCCAACGAGCGAGCUGCUGACGUACGAAGUGCCAACUGGCGACUUUGACGAAGCGCGCGUCCGGUCGCUCGUGCUUGACCACCUCACGACAGACCGCCUUCGCAUUCUCCUCGCCUCGAGCACCUUUGCGUCCGACGACACGUGGACCGAAGAGCCGUGGUUCCAAGUGCCGUACAAGGCCCAGCCGAUCCCGGGCCCGCUCUUGCAGCAGUGGGCCACGCCGUCGACGCACCCGUCGCUGCGGUACCAGGCUGUCAACCCGUUCAUUCCGCGCGACGUGUCGCUCAUCGAUGUGCCCGAAGCCCUGGAGGCGCCGCGCAAGGUGCUUGCGACGUCGAAUGCGACUGCAUAUUACUUUCCCGACACUGUCUUCAAGACGCCCCGGGCGUUUGUGAUGCUGCACUUUUCGCUGCCGGCGAUGGCAAGUCGCCCAGACGCGAUCGUGCUCGGCGACGUGUACCUGCGCCUGGUCAAGGAUGCGCUCAACGCGUACGCCUACUUUGCGCACGAAGCCCAGCUCUCGUACGUGCUGCACGUCAAGGACGCAAGCGGCUUUGAGCUGCAGAUCGGCGGCUUCCACGACAAGCUGCUCGAGCUCGUCCAUGUGGUCACCAAGACACUCGCGACCUUCACGACUACAACCGGCGAGAUGCUCCGUGAAGCGCGCUUCCGCGUUCUCAAGGAAGACCUGCUGCGAUUGUACAAGAAUGCCCUCUUCAAGCCCUCGGCCAAGGCCAAGUACAUGCGCCUGCAGCUGCUUGAGGCCUCGGCCGUGCCGCUCCCGACGCUCAUUGCUGCGCUUGAAGCACUCACGUACGAGUCGCUGGUCGCUUUUGGGGUCACGUCCAAGGCCCUCUGGGCGGGCGGCCACAUGACUGCGUUCGUCCACGGCAACAUCACGCAAGCCAACGCGAUCGCAAUGGCGUCGACGGUCGCAGGCUACUUUUCCUUUGGGAGUGCGGCGCCGCGCCCGCCGAAAGCCAUCCACUCGCUGCCAGCCAGCGGCCUGGUGCUCCACGAAGAGAGUGAGAACAGUGAAGAGGUCAACUCGAUCGUUGAAGUGUACUACCAGUUUGGCAACGAGACGGUCGCGACGCUGGGCAUGGCCGACCUCCUCGAGCAAAUGAUGCAAGAGCCGCUCUUUGACACGCUGCGCACCAAGCAGCAGCUCGGGUACGAAGUCUCGUGCACGGUGCGCGUGACGCAUGGCAUCCUCGGCUUUGGGCUCAAGGUCGUCUCGGCCUCGACGCCGACAAGUGCGAUCGCGGCCGCCAUGGACACCUUUGUGACCAGCUUUGCAACGACGCUCGAGACGAUGGACGAAGCCACGUUCGACGACCACGUGCAGUCGCAGAUCCAGGCGCGCGAAGAACCCGACGUACACCUCUUUGCAGCCACGACGCGCCAUUGGACCGAGAUCCAGUCGCAGCGCUUGGCCUUCGACAUUGACGCGCAGCUCGUCACGUGGCUCAAGUCGCCUGGCUGCUCGCGCGACGCGGUGCGCGCACAGUACGCGCGCUGGUUCCAAAAGCCGCAGCUCCGCGUGUUGGUUGUCGGUCAAAAGAGCUCGUCGACGCUCGAAGGCCGUGAAACGCCGCCGACGGCCGACGCGCUUUGCAGCAAUGACGCUGUCCACGCGCAGAAGGCUCGUCUCCCGUGCUUUCCCGAGCGCCACACGAUCCCGGCGGUGUAGAGGGCGCCACGUCAUGGGUUUUAUUUUCGGCAUAACGCGAAAACAACUUGGUACCAUCGUCGACACGUG